GUUCGUACAGUGAGGAUGUACAUUCUCGUUCUCAAAUCGUGUGCCGGUAGCAAAAAAUAAUUAAGGAAAGGGUUAAUUAUCGUAACGGUAAUAAAAAAAACCAUUGCAAUUUAUGUGUAAAUUGUGAAAAUAAUUUAAUAUUGAAAAAGGCAAUUAUUUUAUAUUUUUUUGCGGAUAAAAUCUAGUGGAAGUGAUUUUUUUGGCAAUUUUUUUGUGCUUAACGUAGAAAAAGAAAAGAAAAUAAGGCAAGAAGCAUUCACCCAUUCUAGUGAAGAUUAAUUGCAAUAAAGCAAUCAUAUUUUUGAGUGUACGGAGUGAAUAAACGAUUGAAAUCCAUCAAAAAAAAAGUAGAAGUUAACGCGUUGAAAUUCUUUCUCGAUCACAGGGCGCUCCAUAAAUGAGGCAAAGAAUGGAAUAAGGAAAAGAAAUAAUGAUACGUGAAUAUAUAAGAUGUGAAAUUUUUUUGUUGUUGCUGCCUUUUUUUGCUCACAAGUACAUGCAAUUGUUCAAAUAAGUGAAAUGUGAAAUGAAUUUAUGUAUAUAAAAAUAAAGUGAGUGUACAUAAAGAUCCAAAAAAGAAAAAAAAAAGAAAAAAAAAACCAGAAUUUCAAGAAAUAAGGAGAAGAGGAAUACCAUAAAUAAAUACAUGAACUUCAAGAUCAUUGUUUAAAAAAAUAAUAAGAAAGAAUUUUUUUCUCUCUUAUUUAACCAUUCUUCAUUCAAUCUCUCUCUCACACCCAACAUAGACAGCAUAAGAAGUACAUAACAAAAAAGAAUAUUAUUUUUUUUGUGUUGGACGACGCAGCAUAAAAGCAUAAUUUUAUUUAAAGGAACUACACUCUCUCGCAUUUGAACAGAAGCGACUUAAUUAAGACAAGGUGAGACGAGGAUACGUCAACAAAUAGCGAAUAGUGGAACUAAAUUGAUAUUUAUGCAUGUGACAAAUGCAACAUAUGGAAUUUAUAUUGAUAGACAAGAUAGAUAUACGAAAGAAAAAUCAUGAUUGUGAAUGGGUCAUGAAUUUAUCAAAUUAGAUAAAAAGUUAUUUAAAUAUUUAUAGUUCAACAUAAAAAGAAGAGAAAAAACCUAUUUCUUGUGAUAACGGAUAAUAGAAUAGACGAAUCAAACAUUAUUUUCUUACAAAUCGAUCACAGCCAACGUGUCAAAAUUUUAAAGUUUACGCGUUCACCUUUUAGUUUCCAUAGUCCAUCACCAAGCCACAAUAUUGAUCAUUUUAAUAUACCCACAAUAGACGCAACAAUGCAGGACAAUAACAAUAGUACCAAUCUUACAAAUGGAGAUUCGCGAGCAGUUGAUCGAUAUGCAAAUAUUCGAGCAGCUGAAGAGAAGAAGCUUUUGGCAAGAAAAAGUGUAAACAAUAACAAACGGAUGAUUGAUCAGUUAACAAAGAUUCCAAUACCCGAAGAUGAGCAUGAGGAUGCAGAGAAAAAUAGUGGACAUGAGAGUGGUGGUACAGCAUCAACGCCUGUCGAUGCUGAUAACACAGAUUCCGUUCUGCUCAAUAAAAGUUCCAUAAAAAAUCAAAAUCAUCCGAGUCGGUAUCUUGAAGCAAUUUACGACCGUUAUGAAGUAUCAAAAAAAUCACGACUGCCGUUCUUAAUAUUAAGUGUCCUUUGUGCUAUUUUAUUGCUCACUAUCAUCAUUUUAGCAAUCGUAUGGCCAUACAUUCCCAGUUAUAUGAGAUCCGAUGUCUGUAUUGAACCUGAAUGCUUUGAUGCCAGUAAGCAGAUUGUCGGUUGGGCUGAUUUGAAGGAGUCUGUAUGUGAGAAUCCAUAUAAAUUCACAUGCGGUAAUUUCAUCAAUCAAUACAAAAGUCAUGAAUUAUAUUUGGUUAAUAAAGGAGAGUGGGGUGCAAAUUCUCAUUUCGAAUAUGAAGAUUUAAAUGCUAUCAACUCGUUUAUCUCAAAACUUCCCAAUUUACCGAGUCGAAGCUCAAUACAACCGAUGAUAAAGAAGAUUUAUUCAAUAUGUAUGAACAUACGAUCGGAGGAGAGAACAAGUGAAAAUUUGCAAGUGUUGAAAACAAUUUUGGAAAGUGCACGCGGUUGGAACAUAUUCGAGCAAUCAAGUUCAAAUCAUCAGUGGUCAUUAUAUGAUAAUCUACCGAUUGUACAGGUGAAUUUUGGCGUACAUCCAUUUUUCAAAGUGUCGAUUGAGGAUGGAAACAUCACGUUAUCGGAAGGUGAAUUGGGAUUGCCUGAUGAGCAGUUGUACUUCUUACAUCGAGAUCAUCCAAUUAUUAUAGCAUACAAAGAGCUCAUCCGCGAUGUCCACAAUAGCCUCAAAGCAAGUACAAAUUCGGAAGCUGAAAAUUUCGUUGACAAUCUUUUCGGUUUUGAGCGUCGCAUUGUAAAUGCUAUGAAAACAGCACGACAAAAGCAUUCAGUGACGAAAAUUGUGCGACUUUAUGACAUUAAGACGCGCACCCACUCACUGCCAAUCGACAUAACGGUACAAAAUAUGUUUUCAAAUUAUCGCGUUGAUGACGAUACGCCGAUUAAGGUGAUGGACCUUGAACUUAUCCAUCAAAUUUCUGUUGUUGCAACUUCCACGGAGCCGAAAAUUUUAAAUGAUUUUGUGAUGUGGACACUGGCUCGACACUUUUUGCCGCUUAUGAGUCAUAAAAUUCGAUCGUCAAUGGAUAACUUCUAUAAAAAAUUAUAUGGUAAUCAAUAUAGCAAUAUGCCAUGGCAUUUUUGUACUGAAUUGACGCAUCAGUGGAUGAGAUUUGGAAUUGAAGCAUUAAGACAAAAUCCACAGCUGAUUGUCGUCGACACAAGCAAGAUGAAGCGAGAUGAGUACGAUGAAGAGUCAUCAUACGAAGAGAAUCUAUCAAGAGACCAGCUCAAUUACAAUGAUGCAUUUGUGCAAGUUUUAUUCAUGCAUUUACGUGAUACAUUCCGCUAUGCAAUCUCCGAUGCAUCAUGGAUAGAUCCAAAGUUUGCUGACUAUGUAAAUUAUAGAUUAUCAAGUAUUCGAUUACAAAUUGGAAUUCCGCAGAGAAUUCUCAAGGAUCAUAACUACAUCCAGCAAUACUAUCGAGAAUUUAUCAUCAAUGAAAUUAAUUUUAUGAGAAAUAUUGAGCAGCAUUGGAAUAUUGAGAAGAAGAUUUUAGGGAAUCUACUUAAAGGUGACAUGACUGAGGAAGACAGAAUUGUUUUCGAGAUGUUCUCAUCAUCAAGGCACGACGAUAAUAGAAGAAUUAAAUACUUAAAAGAUCUCAAUAUGGUUAUUGUUGAUCGAGCUGUACUUCGUGAGCCAUAUUAUCAUUAUAAAUAUCCAUUGCCUGUUAAUUUUGCUCGCUUGGGAACUGAUCUAGCCAGUAUUUUACUAGAGGCUGCAUUUGAGAUUGGCGAAGCUUACAAAGAACUUCUUUUCCAUGAGAAUCAAUUUAAUGCUGAAGAGAAGGACAUCCUACAUAAAAAUACACUAGAAGGGGAGUCGCUUAAAUGCAUCAACAACUUAUACAACAUCGACAACAAAACCUUCACAACUCCUGGAGCAAUACGCAAAGGACUUUUCUCAACAAUGACAUCCUCAUCUAUGGCAUAUCGAGCUUUGAUUUCAUUUACAAAGAAGACAGAAGAUAAUCCAGCACAUUUUGAUGCACGCUUAAUCAAGGAAUUGAACAUAAACAAACGACAAAAUGGAUUAAUGAAGUACACUCAAGAGGAGCUUUUCAGCUUAACAUUUAUGCAAAAGCACUGUUCUGUUGUUAGUGAUGAAUAUAAAAAUAUUAAAGUAUUUACGGAACGAAAAAUGCCAGAACGACAAAUGUUCGAUAUCAUAUGGAAGAAUGUUCCAAUAAUCUCAGAAUCAUUUGAAUGCUCAACAGAUGCUAAAAUGUGCAGCAACAUUCUAUAAGACGAAAUUGAUCAUCAUAACAUUUCAUCGAUAAGCAUGUCAUCUUCAUAUUAAAUUAGUUAUCUGAUAUAUCAGUAUCAUUUUCAUGGAAAUAUUUUAUUUUUAUUUGGGAGCUUUUCAUUUGUAGUUUUUGAAAGAAGCUCUUUGCGAUUCUUAAGUUUUGGUUCUGAUAAUGUGGUCAGGAUAAAUUGGAAUGAAUUGUAUUAGCUACUAUAAUUCUGCUCGGAGCAAGGGCGUAGCUUGAAGUGUCUGAACCCCCCUAAAAACAUUGAGCCGAGCUCUCACUGCGGUUCAAAACUCCAGACCUUACUGGCUACUCUCCUGGCUCGACAAGAAUUUUUAAAUUGAAGCUAAGAUUAAAUGACUCAGUAUUUUCAAAGAUGCGGAACUGAUUAAUCCCAUUUUGAUAAUUUUUUAGCAAUUUUGAUCAUUUUGAUCAGUUUUGUACCUUUGGACAUUUCCCUACAAUAAUUUGCUGUUUGUUAUUGCUGGUUAAUAUGAUUCGUUGUUUAAAGUUUCCGAUGUUUGAUUAAGUAUCUCACUUAAUAUUCUUAAACGAUGGUUUACUUAAAGUAAGUAAUAAUGUGUAGGUUGAGUUGAGAUAUGGAUACCUUGGGCUCUUCAGAAUAUUGAUCUAAGAGACUUAAAGAUUUUAAGAAUCAAUGUUAAGAGU